AUGUGUGAGCGCAGUCUCUACAGAGCGGGCUAUGUGGGCUCGCUUCUGAAUUUGCAGUCGCCAGACUCUUUCUACUUCUCCAACCUGCGGCCGAAUGGCGGCCAGUUGGCCGCGCUUCCCCCUAUCUCCUACCCGCGCGGCGCGCUGCCCUGGGCCGCCACGCCAGCCUCCUGCGCCCCCGCGCAGCCUGCGGGCGCCACUGCCUUCGGCGGCUUCUCGCAGCCCUACCUAGCUGGCUCCGGGCCUCUCGGCCUGCAGCCCACAACAGCCAAGGACGGACCCGAAGAGCAGGCUAAGUUCUAUGCGCCCGAAGCGGCCUCUGGGCCUGAGGAGCGCGGUCGUACCCGGCCUUCCUUCGCCCCCGAGUCUAGCCUGGCCCCUGCAGUGGCUGCUCUCAAAGCGGCCAAGUAUGACUACGCGGGCGUGGGUCGUGCCACGCCGGGCUCCGCGACCCUGCUCCAGGGGGCUCCCUGCGCCCCCGGCUUCAAGGACGACACCAAGGGCUCGCUCAACUUGAACAUGACAGUGCAGGCGGCGGGCGUUGCCUCCUGCCUGCGACCUUCACUGCCCGACGGCCUGCCGUGGGGGGCGGCCCCGGGGAGGGCCCGCAAGAAGCGGAAACCCUACACGAAGCAGCAGAUUGCGGAGUUGGAGAACGAAUUCCUCGUCAACGAAUUCAUCAACCGGCAGAAACGCAAGGAAUUGUCCAAUAGGCUGAACCUCAGCGAUCAGCAGGUCAAAAUCUGGUUCCAGAACAGGCGUAUGAAGAAGAAGCGCGUGGUGCUGAGGGAGCAGGCGCUGGCGCUCUACUAG